CAAUCUGCAGACUAUGGAGAAACCCUCUUCAUCUUCUACCUCAGAACCAGCAGCUCAACAAAUCUCAGCCAUUUUUCCUGAUGAAGUCAUCAUUGAGAUCCUUACAUGGCUUCCAGUCAAGCCAAUAUUGAGGUUCAGGUGCGUGUCAAAGUGUUGGCUUUCCUUUAUCUCUAGUCCACUGUUCAUCAGGACCCACUUGUUAAAAUCUGCUAACAAGAGUGACUAUGAUCAACAUAGGCUCCUUUUACGUACUAGAGAGGAGUUGGCAGAGGAUUUCGUUAGGUUCAAGCUCAAGAACUGUGAUCUUUCACCUGUCUUGUGUAAUGCACCCAUUGUAGAGGCGACUAACCUGUCUGAUUCUCUGGGCCGUGGCGGAGAUGUAGAGCGUGUCGAGACUGAUUUUAGGACGGAUAAUUUCCAUGAUGUGCAAAUUGUUGGUUCUUCUAAUGGGUUGAUUUGUGUGACUGUAUCUGGAGAUGUUCUUUUGUGGAACCCAUCCAUUAGAAAAUUCAAGAAAUUACCCGAUUUUGGUCCUAAACCAGAUGAUGAUGAUGAUGGUUAUUUUUAUGUGUUUGGGUAUGAUGAGUACGAUGAUGAUUACAAAGUAUUUGGCAUACUAACUGAUGAAGAUGGUGCUAGGGGUCUCAUUGGGCAGACGUGUUUAGAUGUGUAUAGUCGCAAUGCCGCUGUUUGGAGAAGGAUUGAGGAUUUUAAUAGUGAUAUUUUCUAUCAUGGGUUCUGUUUGGUGAAUGGGAAGCUUCAUUGGAGCACAUCUCCUAGAUUUGGUCGAUGGGGGAAAAUACUUAGUCUUGAUUUGGCGAAUGAGACAUAUGGAGAGGUUGAACAGCCAAAAUACGGGGAGGGAACUUUUGAUUGGACUCUAGAAGUAUUAGGUGGAUGCCUUUCCAUUGUCCGUUAUUAUCGAAGUAGUCGUGUGGAAGUUUGGAUUUUGAAGGAUUAUGGUGUCAAGGAAUCUUGGACUAAAGUGGUUUUGAUUUCUAAUUUUAGUGAUCCUGGCUAUUUGUGUAGCUGCAAACCAGUGUUCCAAUCAAACGAUGGUGAAAUUCUGUUUUACUACUUAUCAAACCUGCCAGGUUUGAUGCUUUACAAUCCAAAAAGUAAUUCAUUGAUGCAUCCUCAUAUUACUAAACUGGAAGUUCUUGUCGGAGUGAACAUGUAUGUUGAAAGCUUAGUUUUGCUUGAUGACCAUGAUGGAGGAGAAAGGCGCAGACUGUGAAUUGAUAGAAGAGCUGGAUGUUUUAGUCUGCUGCAUUACUUCAGGACUAUAGAGGAAAUGUGCUGGUGCAUCCAGAGUAGUGCAUGUUCCCAGGAGAAAUAGGAAUGGGAGAUUAUAGGUAGUAAGAGCAGCCUUCCUUGGCUUUAUUAAUCUGAAUGGAAUAUAGCCUCCAAUUAUGCAGCCACUGUCUUUUUGAGUAGAAGUUUUUGU